CAUCUAUAUAAGCUGCAGGGUUUCUGCCUCGAAACACCAAACGCCUUCCAACCUCCAUCAAACAUGAAGCUGCUGCUGACUGUCUGUCUGACCUGGGCUCUUCUCUACACAGCUGAGUCGCUACGAUGCCAAACAUGCACCAACAACAUGUGUACCACCUCAACCUCAGUCCAGUGUCCUGCCACAAGUACAGCAUGCAGGACUAUCACUUCAGUGAUGGGGACAGAUUCAUCAACUGAUGUGACAGUGAAUAAAACCUGUUCAACACUGCUGUCCUGCAUCACUCCUGUCAACUUUGCCACUGAAUGGUCUGUAAAUCGAGGUUUCAGACGAGAAGCCCACAAUCAGCUUUGCUGCGUUACUGACAACUGCAACUUGCAGACACUGGCCACUCCUAGUACUUUUACGAAUGGGAAGGUGUGUCCUGCGUGUAGAAGCUCAGCUGCCAGUAUGGCGGGGAUCUGCAAUACGACUUUGGCCUGUGUGGGAGCUGAAGACAGUUGCUUCAGUGGCAACACUACAUUAAGAUGCACGGAUGAGUUGCAGCUCGGCUGUUUAACCAGAAACCUCUGCAACAACCUACCUGUCCUGAACACUUUGUUUGGUGAUAACACCAAGAUCACAUGUGGAGCACCAUGGAGCGUCAGGAUGAGCACUGUGCUGCUGUCCUUUGCUCUUACAGCAUUUAAAGUCCUUGUUUAGAUAAUAGAUAUGGUCAAACAGACAUAAGGCAUGUAUUUUUAUUGUAUUUGUUUAUUUGAUAGGGACAAUGCACGUCAAUGAACAUCAGUAUAAAAUACAAUAUGUAAACAUGUUGGAUUGUAGCAAGAAUGCUAAUUUACAUCUGUAAUCUCUACGUAGGUAACAUAACGCAAGAACAUUACAAGUAACAAUAUAUAAAUACGAACAUACAAUAAACAAGUACAAAAGAAAAACACAUUUUACAACAUGUGCUAAAAGUGAUCACAGAUCUGGUUUGACGUAAGCCAAUGACAAGACCACACACACACACACACACACACACACACACACACACACACACACACACACACAGCUACUUAUAAUCCUGCAUAGAACUGCAAAAGUACUCCUCAUUGCUUUUUUCAGGAAACUUUUCUGUCUGUAAUGUUACAUACACUUAACAUACUAGAUGAAUUACAUACUUUCAUAGCAGUAUGUAGGAGUAAUAUAUGAGAACAAAUAAACACCCAAAUACACACAGAUAAAAUCAUGCAUGUUUUUGUACACACACAGAUGUAAUCUUACAGAGAUAAGGUCACAGACAUGAAGGCGCAAUGUAAUGCUUAUUGAAAAGAACAAUGUUGCAGGUUGGAGGACCUACAAACAUACACACACACACCCCCUUACCCUUGUUUUACUAUAUUCGUGGGGACUAGUCAUUGACAUAAUGUAUUCCUUAGCCCCUUACCCUAACCUUAACCAUCACAACUAAAAGAAUAACCCUAAUCUUAACCCAACUCUAACCCUAAAACCAAGUGGGUUACAACAUAUUGAUCCCCACACAGCUGUAGGACCCCACGAAUAUAGUGUACCCCUGGUCAUAUGACUGUGUAAGACCUGAUGGAUGUUUCGACACUCGGGGGUGUAGUGUGUGGUUUUCUUCCAAGUCCACCCUCAUGUGCCAUGCUUGUGCUAGCUGCAGGAGUUUCUUAUUAGUCUUCUUGGAGGAGGGUGGCUUCUCCCCUACCCUGAUGAACUGUUUGAACAGGGUUGGUCUCAUUGAUGUCAUUUUGUUACUUUGAAGAUUGAAUGUUGAUAAUGGCUUGUUCAUAUUUCCCCAUCAAGUGAUUAUUGCUUGGAUCUAAUUUGGACUGCAGUAUUAAUUGAUUACCUCUGUGCUUUAAUUUGAAUAAUUAAUUCAUUGGAUUGAU